AUGGAAACCUAUUACACGGCUGACGUCAUAAAUCGUCAAGAUGCAACCUAUCAGAAGCCAGAACUUAGGGAAAUCUCAUAUACAAGAGAUGAAUUGAAAAUUUUUACUGGGAUUGAUAAUUUAACAAAUGCUUUUUCAGAUAAACCUGCAACAACAAAUCAUCUUCUUCCAAUUAUAAUUUAUAUGACAAAAACUAUAGAACCAAUUAAAUGGCAGGUUGUCCCUGGUAUAGUAUUUACUGAUAAAGUCCUACAGGACAAUAUUGAAAAAGACAUGGAACAAAAUCUAACAAUGGGAAUAAAUUUUACAGCUCAUUUUAUUCUUUCAAACCAAAUAUUAACUAAUGGAAUGAAAGUAAAACUUCCAGUUAAUGAUAAAACACAGAAUAGCAAUGGCAGUAAUAAGUAG